CAGCCGUUAUUAAUUUUGUAUUAAUGAAUGUAGAUGUCGUAUUUUGUGGCAGUUUGCGUAUGCAUGGAUGUAUUGCACCAUACUUUUAGUUUUAUCAUCGUAUGUAAACAGCAGUUCUUAUGUUUUGACUAAUCGGCACUUGCUAGUCAAUGUUGAUAAACUAAAACACGCAAUGCAACUCAGACUCGGCCGUUAUUUCAAACUGUAAGCUUCACGAGGUAUUUGCUUCUAUUCCUAUGGAUACACCGUCUACUGUUGAUGCAAUUAACAUGUCUUUUUUAGCCUGUGGUCUGCUUGGAAGAUUUGCUGUACAGUUGACAUUGUCAGCGUCCAACAUGGUAAAACCACAGUUAGUUGAACCUUUGGACUAUGAAACAUUUAUCCUCAAGAACAAAACUAUUCUUCAAAAUGAUCCUCAGCGAGAAAUGUUGCUUUUUCCACUUGAUGAUGUAUUUCAAAUUACAGUCAAGAAGACAUCAAGGACAACAGUUUCAACCAUCCCACCUGGAGCUGAGAAAGAAGCCCAAUCCCUCUUUGUUCAGGAAUGCAUUAGGUCUUACACAGCUGACUAUAAGGUUGUCAAGUACAAGUACAGUGACUAUUCAGGAAUAUAUCUUCAACUACCUGUGAUUCCUAAGCCUACAAACCUUCAAGAUCAUGUGUAUGAAGUGGAUACAGAAGUUAAAGAUACGAUCAGUAUAGUGAAUAGUCAUAGUGGUAUCACCAAAGAAGGCUAUAUGUUAAAAGGCCCAGAAUCUGGCAGUGACAGUUUUAUAAGUUUAGCAACCAAGUCGUUUAAGAGAAGAUAUAUGACAUUACGCCAACAGGUAGAUGGUUCUCACAUACUAGAGUUUCAUAAAGAUGAACGUAAAACUGAGUCUAAAGGCACAAUAUGCAUGGAAUUUUGCAAUGCAGUCAUUCGAAACUCUAAACGAGGGAAGUUGAGCUUAGAGUUACGAAUGGCAGAUGGCCAUAAAUCUUACAUCCUAGCCACAGAGAAUGAAGCAGAACUUUUGGACUGGAUGAAUGUGUUAAGUACUGUAAUUGCUAGCAACAACAGUAAAGCAUCUGAAGAUGGGAGACGAAAAUCAACAGUUUCAUCUGAUAGCAGUUCUGAAAGUCUAGCUGUUACUCCACCUAUGUCUCCAAAUAUUUAUGGAACUCUAAAAAGUUUAGAACAUAGCAAAAAUCCAGAACUAGUCAAGUAUGCAAGGGAAACAGAUUUUACUAUUUCUCAAGCAAGGAAGGAAAAUCGCCAAAAUUUGUUUUCCAUAUAUCCUGAUUUACAAAGAAUAUCCAUGUCUUCCUAUCUGAUUGAGUAUGAACAAGAUGUUCAACCUUACAAAGAAGAGUUUGGAAUAAGAAUAUUUGUAAAAUGUGAAGAGGUCAGGUUCAGAUUGUUAACUCCUCUGGAUGGUGAGAGAGGGCCAUUGUGUCAGGUGGAGCCAUACAUUACAACUCUUGCUGUAUAUGAUGCAAAAAAGGGAAGAAAAGUGUCAGAAGAGUUUAGAUUUGAUGUCAAUCAUCCAUAUAUUCGAAACAUGCUUCCUAAAUCUGGAAAAAGACGUAAUGGACCAUCUAAUCACAGUGUAACUGCAAAUGGAGAAGGAGUUGGAACAAAAAUGACCUUACCUGUUCUUGCAGACUUAGGAGAGGAAUGGUUGACUUUUCCCAAACAGGCAAUCUUUACAGUACAAAAAGAGGAUCCAGAUCUUUACCUUGUUGUGAGGAUUGAAAAAGUUCUUCAGGGAGGAAUUACAAGUGCCUCAUUACCUUACUUAAAGCAGGGAGGAGGAGUAGGAGAUGGUCGGUUGGGCCUCAAGGUGCACAGACAAGUUCGAGCAUGUUGUCAGAGACUAGGUCACUAUCGAAUGCCUUUUGCUUGGGCAGCUAGACCGCUGUUUAAACCAGUAUCACUGGAACUGGACACCUCCUCAAUCAUCACUGCUGUUUACAGACAAGAAAGUUCCAAACUGUCCAAUGAUGACUUGAUAAAAAUGUUGGCAGAAUAUAAAAAGCCUGACAAAAUGAAACACUUAGUUAGUAUACCAGGAGAAAUCAAAAUAACUAUUAAGCAACUAAAAGAACCAAUACCUAAUACUCUAUCUUCAUCCCUGAUUCCUGUGCACCCAUUUCCUAUUCCACCAAUGCAUAAUCCAACAAUUGAGGUAGACCAAUUCCCCACAGAUGUGCCUAGUGAUAAUCAUCCUUUCACAAUAUAUAAAAAUCAUUUGUACAUAUUUCCUCGAAGUCUGAAGUUUGAUAGCCAGAAAAUAUUCACAAAGGCUAGAAAUAUUGCUUGUGUAGUGGAGCUGAGAGACAGUGAUGAGGAAGGAGCCAUUCCUUUGAAGUGUGUAUAUGGUCGGCCAGGAGAGCCUGUGAUCACCACCCAAGCUUAUACUGCAGUUAUUCACCAUAAUAAUUGUCCUGAUUUUUAUGAAGAGGUAAAAUUAGUUAUUCCUUCUCAUGUGCAUGAGAAGCAUCACAUCUUGUUCACAUUCUAUCAUGUGAGUUGUGAGCCUCCAAAAAAUUCUAAGCGUAGAGACAGUCCUGUUGAAAGUGUGGUGGGGUAUGUGUGGCUUCCUCUCCUGAGCAAAGGAAGGUUGAAUGUUGAUCAGCAUAAUUUGGCUGUGGCUUCACAUCUUCCAACAGGAUAUCUUUCCUGUGAACCUCUGGGCUUAGGCAAGGGAUUUAGUGGCCCUGAUAUUCGAUGGCUAGAUGGUGGAAAAGAGCUUUUUAAGGUGGAGUUGAAAUUGGUAUCUACAGUCUAUACCAAGGAUCUUCAUUUACAUAAUUUCUUUUUGCACUGUCAGAAGCUCCAAGAUACAAAAUUUGCAGACUCAGAAAUUAAAACUUUACUUAAGUCUUGGGGUCUAAGUUGUUUGGAUGUAGGAACAUGUCCAAGUUUUCCAUCUGUCUGUAGCAAGCCCCGUCCAGUAAGUGCACCUGUCUCGCAAGACAGUACCCCACCAGAGAAUGCCCGAACAUCAGUGGGUUCUGAGCUAGGUCGAGAACUGUCCAAGUUUGUCAAGGUUCAACAUGGGAUGGCCAAGAAUUUGAAGGCUCUUCAUGCUGUAGAUAUCAGUACCAUGAUUAACUUCCUGCCUGUCAUCUUUGCCCAAUUAUUCAGACUUCUAGUAGCAACAGCUGAUGAAGAAGUUGCCAGAAAUGCCUUACGUGUCCUUAUUCACAUUGUCAGCAGUGUCCAUGAUGCAGGGAAAGGAGACAUUCUCCAUUCUUAUGUUCAGUAUGUUUUUGUUGCUGAGAACAUCAACACAUCUGGUAAAUCCACCAUACACGAAGAGUUAACCAAGGCUCUGACUGCCAUACUCAGGCCUGCAAACACGGAUUUCCUGGUGAUCAAUAAGUUUUUAAAACAUUCGUGGUUUUUCUUCCAAAUCCUGACCAAGUCUAUGGCACAGCAUCUGUUGUCAACUGAAAGAAUUAAGAUGCACCGCCAUGAAAGAUUUCCAUCUGAUUAUCAAUACCGAAUUCAAGGGCUUCUCCAAGUUCUCAUGCCUAAUAUACUUCAGAAAUUCAAAGAUCUUCCUGAUGAAACAAGGCAUGUCAAUCAAAGCUUGGCCCAAUUCCUUAAGAAAUGUUUAAAUUUCAUGGACAGAGGGUUUGUUUUCAAGCUGAUCAAUUUCUACUUGGACAAGUUCAAUCCAGGCGAUGCAAGGAGUCUGCAAGAGCUGAAGUUUGAAUUUUUGGAUAUCAUAUGCUCCCAUGAGCAUUUUGUGGCUCUGAACUUGCCUGUCAUGAGAGGUAGUUUCACUAGAGGACAUACCAAAAACAUCAAAGAUUCCCAUGUUGCUGUAUGGGAUUAUGAACAAGAGUAUCGGCUUUCAGAAGAAUUUUGCCACCAUCAUUUUCUAGUGGGCACACUGCUACAAGAGGUUAGGGCUGCCUUGAGUGAAGUCAGGGAAAUUCGAUUGAUUGCUAUUCGUGUUCUUCGUAAUCUUUUUGCUAAGCAUGCUUUUGAUGACAGGUACCAGGGAAAGGCCCAGCAAGCAAGGAUAGUUUCUCUCUAUCUCCCCUUCAUCUCUAUUCUGUUGGAAAACCUAAACAGAUUGAACACUGGUGGUGAGGGUUUUCCUUCCCCACCUCCAGCUAGGGUAUCUCGAGAAAGCACUGGCUCUACAUCCACUUUAGUUCCUGAUAUACCAUCGGCCAACUCUACACCUACACCUAUGCCUCGUCGUAACACUCUUGUGUCUGAAGUUAGCCACUCUAGCUCCCAAAAAUCUGUUAUUAACGGAAGUACAAAAACUAACAGUAACCGUGAUUCCAGCUACCUGUCUAUGAUAGCAGGUCAAGUUCCUCUGUCACACCAAAGUGUAACAUUUGUCAAUGGGUCUAGUAGCUCAAUAGAAAGCAGUAGUUCUUCUACAGUGUCUUCAGUAUUUGAAAGAGAACCUGAAGCUGAUGUCCCUUUUAAGGAAGUUCGAACAUGUGGACAGAGCUUAUCAAAAAGCCAUGUUAGGUCUCAUUCAAUGCCAUUUGCAAGUACGGUGGGCCCUGUACGAUAUGACAAGUUAGAACCACAAGAAGUAAAAGACUUGCUCCUGUGCUUUUUGUAUAUUAUGAAACAUCUAAAUGAAGAGCUUCUUAUUGGUUGGUGGCAACACUGUACCCAAGAAAGUACUCUGGAUUUCUUUCACAUUCUUGAGCUUUGUCUUCAUCACUACAAAUAUGCUGGUAGGAAAAUCAUAGAGAACAGAAGACAAAUCUCUGGUCCCCCUGCUAAAGCCAUGACACUACCAGCCAGAACAGUUCCUCCAUCAUUUUCUGCAAGAUGUAACAGCUCCUGUAGUGAAACUCUUCCAAUGUCUUCAUCUUCAUCAGAAGAUGACAGUUUCUUUAGGGUUGUUCUGGAAUCUAACAUGGCAACUGAAGUUGGAAUGAUCACUCUUGAUGUGCUAGGGUUAUACACUGUUCACUUUAAAGAACUACUGCUUCACAAUGAAGGUGAUAAUUCAGUGAUGAAGAAAGUUUUUGAUAUUUAUCUCUCUUUCCUGCAAGUGGGCCAGUCGGAAAGUCUUCUCAAACAUUUGUUUGCUGCAUUACGAGCAUUCAUCAAUAAGUUUCCUGUUGCCAUUUUUAAAGGUAAUGCAUCACUUUGUGGAAAGUUGUGUUUUGAGUUGCUACGGUGUUGUAACUCCAAGCUCUCGAGUGUGAGAAAUGAGGCUUGUGCUUUGCUGUAUCUUUUAAUGAGGAGUAACUUUGAGUUCACUGGAAGAAAAGGUUUAACAAGAGUCCACUUGCAGCUGAUAGUAUCAGUAUCAAGACUACUAGGAGAAGCUAUAGGACUGAAUAAUGCCAAAUUUCAGGAGAGCCUGUCAAUUAUCAACAAUUAUGCCAAUAGCGACAAAGCAAUGCAGAAAACAGUAUUUCCAUCAGAGGUGAAGGACCUGACAAAAAGAAUACGAACUGUGUUGAUGGCUACAGUCCAGAUGCGAGAACAUGAGAAUGAUCCUGAGAUGCUGGUAGAUUUAAAGCAUAGUCUGGCUAAUAGUUAUGCUGCUACUCCUGCUUUACGGAAGACCUGGCUGGAAAGCAUGGCUCAGAAUCACAAGAAAGAUGGAAACUAUUCAGAGGCUGCUCACUGCUCCCUACAUAUUGCUGCCCUUGAAGCAGAGUGUCUAAAAUACAAAGGUAUAUUUCCUCGAGGAUGUCAGGCUUUUGACAGAGUUUCACCUAAUGUAGUUCAUGAUGAAUCAAAUGUAAAAGAAGAUGUUGGAAUGCAUGAUGAUGCUCAGUAUACAGAGGAUUCUCUGUUGGAAAGACUACAAGAAUGUGUUGAGUUACUACAGGAUGCUGAAAGGUAUGAGCUGAUAGCAGAAGUGUACAGACUAAGCAUCCCAGUUUACGAACACAGAAGGGACUAUGAGGCUCUAGCUUCUUGUUACAAGACUCUUCAAAAUGGCUACAAUAAAAUCGUAGAAGUAAACAGAACAGGGAGACGCUUGCUGGGAAAAUAUUAUCGAGUUGCUUUUUUUGGACAGCCUUACUUUGAAGAAGAGUCUGGUAAAGAAUAUAUCUACAAAGAACCUAAAGUCACUUCUCUUGCAGAAAUUUCUGAAAGACUCCAUCACUUGUUCUGUGAAAAGUUUGGAAAAGACAUAGUUAAGAUGAUCAUGGACUCAAAAGUUGUCAACCCUGAAGACUUGGAUCCAAAGUAUGCAUACAUUCAGGUGACACAUGUUACACCUUACUUUGAAGAAGUUGAGCUCAGUCAGCGACAAACUGAAUUUGAGCGUAACAAUGAUCUUAGAAGAUUUGUGUUUGAGACUCCAUUUACUCUUAGUGGCAAUAAAGCUCAAGGUAUUCCUGAGGAACAGUGUAAACGUCGCACAGUUCUUACUACUAUAAACUCCUUUCCAUAUGUAAAGAAACGCAUUCCUGUUUUCUCAAAAUCAACAAAAGUUCUUGAGCCUAUAGAAGUAGCAAUUGAUGAAAUGCAGGUGAGAGUAUGUGAGAUCCAAGAAGUUGUGUCCUUAAAACCUACUGACUUAAAGAAACUCCAGCUGAAGCUGCAGGGCAGUAUAAGUGUACAGGUAAAUGCAGGCCCUCUAGCUUAUUCUAGAGCUUUUCUUUCUGAGGAAAAUUGUGCCAAAUAUCCAAAAGAAAAGGUAGCCGGACUAAGAAGUGUCUUCAGGAGGUUUUUACAUGUUUGCCAAGAGGCCUUGGAACUAAAUAGUAGACUAGUAACAUCGGAUCAGUAUGAGUACCAUGAAAACCUGAGAAAAAAUUAUCAAAACUUAAUGGAAGCUUUGUCAUACUUGCUUCAUGAUAGAGGAAGUGGUAGAGAAGACAGAAAUGGAGAGCGAGGAAUCAUGAAGCUCAGACGUAUUUCAACUGGAAUGUUUCAUGAAAUUAGUGCCUCUUCUGAAACUAGCACUGUUUAACACAGAUGUAUUGAAGUGCAAAUUUAACCUUAUCUCUUGGUAUUAUGUUUCUGUGUGUUGAUGUGACAAGUGCUGAAAAAAUGAGACAGUUAUGAAUAGAAGACAAAUUGUUAUGUAGAAGAAAAAAGUCCUGUUUUUUUGGAGAGCUUGAUAUUGUUCAGAAAAAUGUAGUAUUUGUUUACUGCUAUUUUAUGCAUCCAACUACUUUGUAUUGAUAAUCUAGUUUUAUUUUAAACACUUAAAAUUUAAAAUUACAUUCUUAUGUUCUGGUAAGAAAUUGCAAAAUGUUCAUUUAUUUGGCAUUAGUAACAUUUGUGACUAUACUGUUAUGCUUGAAAUGUGAAAGUGUGCUUUUGAAUUUCUAUAUUAAUUGGUACUUAAAUCUCUGGCUACAAGGAGAAUCUAACAAGUAUUUAACACUAGGUAUUUUUGUUUGUUUGAAAGAGAUCAUACUUGUUUUAAAAAUUGUUCUGUUGGGUUUAUAAAAGAAGUAUGAUGUGCUAGUAUUAUUUUGAUAAAUUUAUAAGUUUUAAGUCUUAUGGAAAUUCUUGGCAGAUGGAUAUUUUUGGUGUACAAUUUCACAUAACCUGACUCUUGCCAUGGUUCUUGAGGUAGAUAACGUUUGGAACUUGAAGCCUAGGUCUCCUUCAUUUUUGAAGAACAUUAAUCAUUGUAACGUUGUCCUCCUCAGAAUUAAGGCAGAAUGAGUUUAUGAGAGAUUCUAGCCAAAGAUUUGAGGACUUCUUUUCCUAGAAGAUGAAACAUGAAGCCCUGUAAGCAAUGGAGAGAGAGUUAAUGUGAAUGUCAGAUUAUAUUACUUCUUUAGUAAAAUCAUCAGACAUUCAGUGACUAAAUAUCAAGCCUGUUGAAAAUUUUCCACACUCCUGAAAUUAAUUUUCAUAACAGAUGGUGCAGCUUUCUGUUUCACCUUGUGCCUUCUUUCCUUAUUGUGUUUGUGUAUAUACUCUACUUGUAUAUAUGUAUAUAUAUAUAUAUAUAUAUAUUUCUUAGGCCUGUAUUUUACUUUACCUACAAAUAUUCAUAACCCAACAGUAUAGUGUCUUUCGUUCAUGUAGAAAUGGUCUUAAGCCUUGUGUUGUUGUUUUUAUUAGUCACUAGUAAACUUCAGUAUUUUUAUCAUUGCAUUAGUUAAAAAUCUUGGUGAAUUUAAAAUAACAGAUUCUUGUAUUUUAUAUUGAUGUGAAAUUUUCCGGAAUCUUCUGUGUCUUAUCUACGUGGGUGGUUGUAAUACCUUAAUUUCAGGAAAGAAAAUUCAGAAACAUCAUGUGUACAGAAUCAUAUAAGUUAUUUUGUACCACUUGGUAUCAAAAAUCUGUGAUUUGUGGCCACCAGCGCCACCUGUCAAAGACAAUAUUUGUUAACGAUAUGAUUAGCUUGGUGUUACUGUUCUUUUUAUCCUUCAAAAUUCUCUCCUAUUACAUGGGUAAGUCACAAUUUUUAUAUAAUUUGAUGUGCUGUAUAUAGUGAUUGUUCUGGGGAUUGUUCCUUAAACUGCCUUUCAACUUCAGAAUAUCUCUGUGUCCAACAGCUUUAUGAUGUCAUCUAAAUGUAAUUAGUUUUGUACAUAUACAUCAUUAACAUUGUAUUAGUAUCAUUAAUGAAGGACUUCCAAUUUAUCAUUUAUCUUGUUUAGUGACCGUUGCUUUUUAAACAUUCUAGUUACUUGUGUAUUCUAAAAUUUUGUUGACUGAUUCGUUGACGAAGUGAACGCGAACGUCAAGGUUGCACGAUGUUUUAGUUUAGAAUUUUUUUUUUCUCUCGUCCAUUAAAAGUAAGAAGUUUUGAAUAUUCUUUCUCCCCAUUAUACCUCAAAUGGUGGUAUUUAUGGUUUGUAAAGUCAACUGAAAUUACCAAAGAAGGACAUUAAAAUGGUCUGUAGCCAAAAA